AUGCUUAGUAGACGCCUUCUGUCGCCAGUUUUGUCGACCAAUGUUUGCCGAUUCAUUCAGACAAGUGCAAUUGUCAAUGCCAGCCAACAACAAAGUUCUUCGUCUAGUUAUGACAAAUCAUUAUAUGAUUCAACGCGAAAAAAUCUAUAUAUCAAUAGUGAAACACGAGUUAUUUGUCAAGGUUUUACUGGUAAACAAGGAACAUUCCAUUCUCAACAAGCACUUGAUUAUGGAACAAAACUAGUCGGUGGUGUUAGUCCCAAGAAAGCAGGAACCAAACAUUUAGGUCUACCGGUGUUCAAAAAUGUUCACGAUGCGAUGAAGGAAACCGGAGCGACAGCAACUGUCAUCUAUGUGCCGCCUCCAGGUGCAGCUGAAGCUAUCCUCGAAGCCAUUGAUGCUGGAAUUGGUUUAAUUGUUUGUAUCACCGAAGGUAUCCCACAACACGAUAUGGUUAAAGUCAAACAUCGGCUUGUUCGACAAAAUAAAUCACGUCUUGUUGGACCGAAUUGCCCCGGUGUUAUUGCUCCUGGUAAAUGUAAAAUUGGCAUUAUGCCUGGUCACAUCCAUCGACCAGGACCGAUUGGUAUUGUCUCACGUAGUGGAACAUUAACAUACGAAGCCGUUCAUCAAACAACUCAAGCUGGUCUCGGUCAAUCUCUUUGUGUCGGUAUUGGUGGCGAUCCAUUCAAUGGAACAGAUUUUAUUGAUUGCUUGGAUAUCUUUUUACAUGAUCCAGUCACGAAAGGUAUUAUUCUCAUCGGUGAAAUUGGUGGUAAUGCUGAAGAAGCCGCCGCUGAAUACUUGAAGGCGAAAAACACCGGUUCAAAUGCUAAGCCAGUUGUCGCUUUCAUUGCUGGUCAAACCGCUCCGCCAGGCCGCCGAAUGGGUCAUGCAGGUGCUAUUAUUAGUGGCAAAUCUGGUGGCGCCGAUGGCAAAAUUCACGCAUUAAAGGAUGCCCAAGUAACUGUCAGCGAUUCGCCAGCUAAAAUGGGUCAAUUGAUGUACAAGUUAAUGAAAGGCGAAGAUCAACCCUUCAAGGAAAAAUAG